AUGGACAAGACAGGAGAAAGAAGGUUUUCAAAGGGAAAGAUUCCUCCCGGCCCUCGCGUCGCCCCCCUGGGCGACUCGGGGGCGACUAGGGUUCCGCGGCCGCCGCCACCCCCCUCCUCUCCCUUCAUCCCCUCGCCGCUACCGGAGACGGCCGCCGGGAAGCCCGUGCGGGCGUCGGUGAAGGUGGCGGCGGGGAUCUCGGCGCUCCAUCCCCUCUCGGAGGCCUGCGGUUCCUGGGGCGGCGGCCCCAACCGGAGAGGCGGCGCCGUCGGGCGGUGGGCGGCGUUCGCAGGGGAGCUGGCCAGCGUGCCUGGCCGCGCGGGCGGCGGGUGGUUGGUGGAAUCCGGCCGCGGCGCGAAGUUUCUUCGUCAGAUCUGGAGUACAUUGGCGUUGCCGGCGCGUUCGCCGCCGCCACUGAUUGUGGGGCAAGGUGCCGCCUUCGCUCCUCUGAAAGUUAUGCCCACCAAUGGCGGCGGCGCGGCGCGUUCGCUCGGCCUUGGCAUCUCCCCACCCAAACCGGCGGCGCUGUUAUUCCUGCUCCUCCACUGUUCCCUGCGGGCCGCGUCUGCCACCACGGACACCAUCCUCCCCGGCAAGGGCAUCUCCGGGAACGAGACCCUGGUCUCCAAGAGCGGCGGCUUCGAGCUGGGCUUCUUUCCGCCGGGCCCCGGCAUCCACUACUUCCUGGGGGUCCGGUUCAGGAACAUGGCGGGGAACAGCCCCACCUUCUGGCUCGGGGACAGGGUCGUCAUCACCGACCUGCCCGCCGCGUCGCUGGAGAUCUUCGGCGACAGCCUCUACAUCAAGGAGAAUGGGGCCAGCCUCUGGUGGUCGCUGUCACCGGGCGGCAAUGCGUCGUCCGCCGCCGUGGCGGUCCUCCACGACAACGGCAACCUGGUGGUGAGGGACCAGGGGAACUCCUCCCUGGUCCUGUGGCAGAGCUUCGACUACCCCGGCGACGCGAUGCUCCCCGGCGCGAGGCUCGGGCUCGACAGGGACACCGGGAAGAACGUCUCGCUGACGUUCAAGAGCUUCUCGCACAACGGCAGCCUCAGCGUCGACGCGACCAGGAGGAACGGGUUCGUGCUCACCACCGACGGGCACGCCAACGGCGGCACCUUCCCGGACUGGAUGGUGUCCUCUCAAGACAACGGCAGCUCGCUGCUGCUGAAUCGCCCGGAAACCGCGAAUGGGACCGAGUUCUUGCAGUUCAAUCUGGGGCAGAUCAGCCUGAUGAGGUGGUCGGAGCCGGAUCCCGCCGCAAACGGCACCGGCGGCUGGGUCGCUCGCUGGUCCUUCCCUUCCGAUUGCAAAUCCGGCAGGUUCUUCUGCGGCGACUUCGGCGCCUGCACGGGCAGCGGGAAGUGCGGCUGCGUGGACGGGUUCGCGCCGUCGUACCCGAUUGAGUGGGGGCUUGGGUACUUCGUCACCGGCUGCUCGAGGUCUCUCCCGCUGAGCUGCGAGUCCGACGGCCAGACGGAGCACGACGACUCCUUCGCCCCGCUGGACAAGCUGCAAGGGCUUCCUUACAACGCCCAGGACGAGGUGGCCGGAACCGACGAAGACUGCAGGGCGGCUUGCCGGAGCAAAUGCUACUGCGUCGCCUAUUCGUAUGGCCAUGGAUGCAAGCUAUGGUACCACAACCUGUACAAUCUGAGUUUGGCUGCUAGGCCUCCGUACACCAAGAUCUACCUCCGUUUGGGCUCCAAGCUCAGGAACAAGAAAGGCUUGCAAACAAGAGGAAUAGUGUUAUUGGUAACUGGAUUCAUAGGCCUUGCUUCUUUGGUACUGAUAUCGGUGUUGCUAUGGAAAUUCAGGAGGGAUUCAUUUGGCGCCGGGAAGUUUGAAGUAGAAGGCCCUCUUGCAGUCUACUCUUAUGCACAGAUCAAGAAAGCCACGAUGAAUUUCUCUGAUAAAAUCGGCGAGGGAGGAUUCGGAAGUGUUUUCAGGGGAACAAUGCCAGGAUCAACUGCCAUCGCUGUGAAGGAUCUCAAGGUCCUCGGGCAAGCAGAGAAGCAAUUCAGGACAGAAGUUCAGACACUUGGGAUGAUCCAGCACAGCAAUCUUGUUCGUCUCUUGGGAUUUUGCGUCAAAGGGAAAAGAAGAUUGCUGGUGUAUGAGUGCAUGCCAAAUGGCUCUUUGGAUGCUCAUCUCUUUUCAGAGAAGUCUGGUCUGUUGAGUUGGAAUGUUCGGUGCCAAAUUGCACUAGGCAUCGCCAAGGGUCUAGCCUAUCUACAUGAAGAAUGUGAGGACUGUAUCAUACACUGUGACAUCAAACCUGAGAACAUACUGCUUGAUGCAGAAUUCUGCCCCAAGAUUGCCGAUUUCGGUAUGGCAAAGCUGCUUGGACGAGAAUUCAACUCCGCGCUGACCACCAUCCGAGGAACCAUGGGAUAUCUUGCGCCGGAGUGGAUAUCGGGGCUGCCGAUCACUAAGAAGGCAGAUGUGUACAGCUUCGGCAUUGUGCUCUUCGAGAUCAUCUCGGGGAGAAGGAGCACUGAGGUGGUGAAAUUUGGGAGCCAUCGAUAUUUUCCGGUCUAUGCCGCUGCUCAGGGUCGCCUGUUGGUGCAUUCAGGACGAGGAGAAUGACAGGCCGUCAAUGGGACAAGUUGUUCGCAUGUUCCAGCUUCGUUUCAGAAUCUUAUGGAGGGUGAUGACAGUGUUAUAUAUUCUGAUUUCUGAAGUAGGUUGCUAGGAAUUAGUCACUUGUUGCUGAGUUGUGGUCAGUAUCUGUGUUAUGAUUUGUUUCCAGUUCUAAAGUAUGACUCUCUACUGAAUAACUCGUUUUGUACACCGUACAUAUCCCUCUGCGGAUUGUUGUAGGGAUUCACAGAAGUUGGAAAAAGAAGAUACACUUCCUUGCA